AUGUGAGUGCACAGGAUGUUUUGUGACGCAGGCGGGGGCAACAAACCAGUGAUGCAGAGCCUCGGACUCAGCUUUAAAACCUGCCACUGAAACAUCCAUCACACACAUGCAGGUCUGUCUUCAGAGAAGGACACAUCACAACCUCACAGGGAAAACGUUUGGAUUUGGUGGCAAAGAAUUCACAUUAAAUCAUCAGAAAAUAACUAUGUGGGUCCUUGGGAAGAUCAGGGAGAGCAUGGAGAGCAUUCCUCUAGAGCUGAGUCGCUACAUAGGAAAGAGUGAGGAGGACAUCCUUCUCUCUUCCAAGACCAGUUUCCCUCAGAAUCUACACAGCAACAUCCUUACUCCUGACAAGAUCCCAGAGUUCUGCCUGCCUCCUCGGCUUUGCAAGAGAAGCCUUCUGCCAGAAACAGAGAAAAUCCCAUCAUACCUGCAGGAUCUGAAACAGCUAACUAAGAGAAUUUCAAGUCCCACUCAUGUAAAGUCGAAGAAUGGUGAUGAGUCAGUGGCUUUGAAGAAAAAACAGAAACCUUUGCCAUUCUCUGCUGAGGGUUAUGGUCUGACUGGGAUAUACGAGAGCCUCAACACUCGAAGGAAAGAGUCUUUGUUCCUCUCAAAAUGCCCCGUUUACAUGUUUGAUAGAAGUGUUCCUGCUACAGCGCCUAAGCUGGCAAAGGAGACAAACCCACCCCAGUCAUCUGGGUUUUUCCCACUGUUCUCAUGCAAAAGUCUGUCUGAGACUUGGAGUACAGAAAGAGAAACAUCUUCUUCCAGUGACUCCUCUCCCCUCAGUUCCCUCUACAGUUCGAAAUUCUCCCUCUACAUCGCAUCAAGCAGGGGCCGUCUAAAAGGAGCGGUGUCUUGUCCGUCGUUAUUCGACAGCAAGAAGGACAGAGGGAGGCAGAGGAAGGGGUUGAUGAGUUUAACCACCUCUCCCAGCGGACCUCCAACCUUGGAGAAUAGCUCUCCUGUCCUUCUUCCACUGCAUGUCUUGCAGGGCCAGCAGAGGUCUCAGCAGGAGCACGUCCUCCCCUUGCAAGGCCGUGGCAGAGUGCACCUCUUUGCCGAACACACCACCUUCAAAGACCCACAAUGUUCCCUCUCCACUGUCAGAGUACGUGUGGUGUCUGUGGAGGGUGUGUGGGAUUGUGCUGACCGACAGACCUUGAACUGUGCAGUGAAUCUAUGUCUGACCCCCGGGAAGCUGCAGCAGCAGGAGAGCACCACCAUCAGGAAUUGCCGCAGCCCAGUGUUCAAUGAAGAUUUCUUCUUCACAGAGCUCGGUCAUACAGAUCUACAGGAUCUGCAGCUCAUGUUGAAAGUGGUGGAUAAGCCUACAGCUGGAAAACUGAGGAGGGGGGCAGUGAUCGGAGUGGUCACUAAACCACUGUCACAGCUGCUUGCUUUCAACAAACCAGUUGAUUAACAUUUUUCUACAAUAAAAACAGCUGAAAUGGACUCCAGAAGAUGCACUUUAUGGAGGCUAUGGGUGCACUUAGCUGCUUUAUGUAAAUCCUCCUCAACAAGCAGCAGCACAAUGAAUUAGUUAGCAGCAGACUAGUGAACACACUGAAGCAUUUUGUUGUUGGAAGAGCAAAUACUGGAUUUAAAUUUGUCAGGUCGCAAGAAAAUUAACUCUGCAAUGAAUGCUAAGGUUGUGCUGCUUCUCUAAGAUGUACAAAAUGCAGUUGUUUACUAAUAUUCAUAGUAACAUGGGUGAUAAUGACAGCUAUUGUCUUUGUCUGCUGCAUCCAAGUAGCCAAUAAAUAUGAGAUAAUGUUGUGAUGAUGAACUUUUUGAGUAUUCUCUCUAAUUAGGUCACAUAAUUGUACUCACUAAUUAUGCUAUUGAUAUUAAAAAUGGUAGCACAAGCUGAAUGUUAUGACCUGUAGUGCUUUUGUGGUACUAAUUAAACUGUCAGGUUUGUAAACAUCA